AUGGGCUGUUUUGGGAGCGAUGCUUGCCCAGUUUCCAGUAUUUUUCCUCCCUUGUGUGUUUCCUCCCAAUAUUUUUCCAGGAAAACCCUGAGUGCCUUGGCCUUCUCGCCCGACGGGAAGCUGAUUGUCACCGGAGAGAAUGGCCACCGACCGGCCAUCCGCGUGUGGGACGUGAAGGAGCGGGCGCAGGUCUCGGCGCUGCAGGGUCACAAGCACGGGGUGGCUUGUGUGGCCUUCUCCCCCAGCGGCAGGCACCUGGUGUCCGUGGGGCACCCCCACGACAUGGUGGUCAACGUCUGGGACUGGAAGAAAGGUUCCCUGGUGGCAUCCAACAAGGUGUCCUGCAAAGUGGUGGCCGUGUCCUUCUCGGAGGACAACUACUUUGUCACCGUGGGUCACCGCCACGUCAAGUUCUGGUUCCUGGAGGCCUCGAGGGAGCUGAAGGUGACGGAGACGGUGCCGCUGGUGGGCCGCUCGGGGCUGCUGGGAGAGCUCCUGGACAACGUCUUCUGCGGGGUGGCCUGCGGCCGGGGAGUGAUGUCGGGCAGCACCUUCUGCAUCUCCUCCUCGGGGCUGCUCUGCCGCUUCAACCAGAAGCGGGUGCUGGAGAAAUGGGUCAUUCUGCAGGUGCCGCUGGCGAACUGCCUCUGCCUCGGCGAGGAGCUGAUCUUCUGCGGCUGCGCCCAAGGCACCGUCAGGGUUUUCCGGGCCAGUGACAUGUGCUACCUGAGUGACCUCCCCAAACCUCACCCCCUGGGCGUGGAUGUCACCCAGGAUUCCCCACCGAGGAGGAUGGACCUGGAGUACCCCGACACCGUGGCCUUGGCCUACGACGCCCGUCGCCGCUGGCUCUCCUGCGUCUACAAGGACCACAGCGUCUACGUCUGGGACGUCGGGGACCUGCAGGACGUCAGGAAGGUCUGGUCAGACCUUUUCCACAGCUCCUUCGUCUGGAGCGUCGAGGUGUACCCCGAAUUCGAGGAGGGGAGGUCCCCUCUGCCGCCCGGCUCCUUCCUGACGUGCUCCUCGGACAACACCAUCCGCGCCUGGACCCUGGGAGGCAGCUCUGGGUGUCCCUACAGCACGAACCUGCGCGACAUCAUCUACGUGGACAACGACACGCGGCACCUCCAGGACCCCUCCAGCCCCGCUGACCGGAGCGAGAACCUGGGUCCCCUGGACGUGAAAUCCGGGGUGCGGGUGCUGCAGGUCAGCCCCGACGGGGAGCACCUGGCCUCAGGGGACAGAGCAGGAACCCUCCGGAUUCACGAGCUGCGGUUCAUGCAGGAGGUGGCCAAAGUGGAGGCUCACGAUUCCGAGGUCCUUUGCCUGGAGUAUUCCAAGCCGGAGACCGGCGCGGCGCUGCUGGCUUCGGCGAGCAGGGACAGGCUGAUCCACGUCCUGAACGUAGACAAGAACUACAGGCUGGAGCAGACACUGGACGACCACUCCUCAGCCAUAACGGCCGUCAAAUUUGCUGGCAGCGGGGAUCUCCAGCUGAUCAGCUGUGGUGCUGAUAAGAGUAUUUAUUUCCGCGACGCUCAAAAGCUCCCAGAUGGCUUCCAUUUCAUCAGGACGCAUCACGUCGCGGAGAAAACCACCCUCUAUGACAUGGACAUCGACAGCGUGCAGCAACACGUCGCUGUCGCCUGCCAGGACAGAAACGUGAGGGUCUACAGCACGGCCACCGGGAAGCUGAAGCGCUGCUACAAGGGCUCCCAAGGGGACGAGGGCUCCGUGCUGAAGGUGCAGCUGGAUCCCUCGGGCACCUUCCUGGCCGCGAGCUGCUCCGACAAGAGCAUCGCCCUCGUGGACUUCCACUCCGGGGAGUGCGUGGCCACCAUCUUGGGCCACUCAGAAAUAGUCACGGGGAUGGGGUUCACCUACGACUGCAGGCGCCUGGUCACCGUGUCAGGAGACAGCUGCAUCUUUAUUUGGCACCUGGGCCUCCCAGUCCCCAGCAGCGCGAGGAUGGAGCUCAACCUGCCCCCGGUGGGGAAGGAGCCCCGUCCCCCAGCGCCCCUCAGGCGGGAGACCUACGUCUCCAUCCCCGCUGGGACGGCGGCCCCCGAGGAGGAGCAAGACGAGGCCUCGUCCCUGCAGACCCCCUCCAGGGAGGACUCGGAGCCACCUCCAGUGUCCGUCCUGACCAACGGCAGGAUGCCCAUGUGGGCAAAGAGGCUGCUGGGGGAGGUGGAGGAGGGGGACAAGCCCCCCGGCCCCCGCUGGAGCUACCAGCCGCAGGGGCGAUGGGCAGAGUGUGCCCAGAGGGGGCCCAUCAAGACCCUGCUGGAGGGGGAUCCCCUCGACGUCACCCCCCUCAGACCCCUCCUCGGGGACCACCCGGAGCUGCGGUCGGGCAGCCUGGAAGAUCUGCCCUCAGAGCAGGAGAACUCCCCCAGUGACCCCGGUGAGGACUUCCAGCUCUCCCAGCUCCUGUGGGACAAGGAGACCAGCGGGGAAUGGGAAUCACCGGAGACGGAGACGGGAAGGCCCCGUGUGCCGGAGCUGUCUCCGUGCCCCGCGGUCCCGGAGGAGCAGGAGCUGGGCUGGGGGGACACCUCGUCCCGCUCCUCACCCACCCCCGGCUGCCAGCAGGAAGCAGACGAGGAGUCCUCGGAGGAGCCGGAGGAGACCCUGCUGCCCAGCAGCUCCCUGCCCCAGACCCCCGAGCAGGAGAAGUACCUCAGGCAGCACUUCCAGACGCUGGCAGACACCGAAGAGACGUUCGACGGCUCCUUGAAGGAUCUAAAACCGCCCCAAACCGGGGAGGAGGAAAAAACCUUCUUUUUCAACCCCCGCUUGAGCAUUUCCGCCCGGUUCCUCGCCCGCUGCCAGAAGAACAGCAGGCUGGCGGCCGCCUUCCCCCCGCGGGCACAGCCCGACCCCAAAACACCCCAGGAGCUCCAGCGACCGGAGGAACUGCCGGAUGAAAAACCUUUGGAAAUGGGAGAGGAACCGGGCUCCAAUCCCCCUGGAUUCCAGCUCCGGGACGAGACCUUCUCCAGGUCCCUGCGGCAGCUCCAGACCCAGUUCCAGGAGACGCUGGAGCUCUACACGCAGAUGACCCUCCACGCUGAGGCCACCAAGGCCACCGAGGCCCUGACGGCGCUGGCCAACCUUCUCCGCUGGAUGGAAGCCCAGCUGAGCUCCUGCCCCCCCGGCCCCCAGGGACCCCAGCUUGGAGGGCAGCCCCCCUGAAACGUUUGGCACCGAGGUAUCGGGGGCCCCGCCCCCCCCCCAGUUCAAUUUUGGGGGCGGGGGUGGAUGUUGUGAUGUUGUUGUUUUGUGGGUUUUUUUGGUGUUUGGGGGUUUUAUUUGGUGUUUUGGGAGCUC